GAGCAUCUGUCAGUAGGAGGGUUCCCCUGGUGGCUGAGAUGCUUCAUCAUCAACUGUAUCCUCUUCCUCCUCCUCUUCUUCCUCACAACUCCCGCCAUCAUCAUCUCCACCAUGGACAAGUUCAACGUCACCAAGCCUGUCGAGUACCUCAACGUGAGUCACCUUUUGACCUCUCUUUCUGAAGCUCAGGAGGUCAAAUGUCAGGGUGCUUCCCAAAAUGGCACACUAUUCCUUAUUUAGUGCCAAUUUGGGACGCAGAUCAGUUUGAGCCUUUUCACACUACUGAGCCGAGUCAAGCCAAGCUGUCCUGCACUGGCCUGGUUACACACCCACCGUAAUUGCUGUAACUGUGCUGGAAAGGAGCCGGCAGAGUACGGUUUGGUUGACACCAUAGUGUGAAAAGGACGUUAGUCUGUGUACUAUAACUAACCUUAACUGUUAACCUUAAUCUGCAAUAUUCCACCCCUUCCCUCCUCCACCCCUUCCACCGAUCUUCCUCUCCUCUCUUCCUCUCCUCCUCCAGAACCCCAUUGUGACCCAGUUCUUCCCCACCCUGCUGCUGUGGGCGUUCUCCGCCCUGCUACCCACCAUCGUAUACUACUCUGCCUUCUUCGAGGCCCACUGGACACGGUACCAUUCUCUCUCACUCACACACACACACACACACACACACACUGGACACGGUACGACUCACACACACACACACACACACACACUGGACACGGUACGACUCGCACACACGUUAUGGUAGUCCCUCGUAUCCGAUGAUGACUUCACUUCUGAGUUAACAGUGAAUUCUUUGGUGAGAGACCUGGCAGUGUGGUGCCAGGACAACAACCUCUCCCUCAAAGGAGAUGAUCGUGGACUACAGGAAAAGGAGGACCGAGCACGCCCCCAUUCUCAUCGACAGGGCUGUAGUGGAGCGGGUCGAGAGUUUCAAGUUCCUUGGUGUCCACAUCACCAACAAACUAUCAUGGUCCAAACACACCAAGAAAGUCGUGAAGAGGGUACGACAAAGCCUAUUCCCCCUCAGUAUACUGAAAACAUUUGGCAUGGCUCCUCAGAUCCUCAAACAGUUCUACAGCUGCACCAUUGAGAGGAUCUUGACUGGCUGCAUCACCGCUUGAUAUGGCAACUGCUCGGCAUCCGACCGUAAGGCGCUACAGAGGGUAGUGCGUACGGCCCAGUACAUCACUGGGGCCAAGCUUCCUGCCAUCCAGGACCUCUAUACCAGGCGGUGUCAGAGGAAGGCCCAAAAAAUCGUCAAAGACUCCAGCCACCCAAGUCAUAGACUGUUCUCUCUGCUACCGCACGGCAAGCGGUACCGGAGCGCCAAGUCUAGGUCCAAAAGGCUUCUUAAGAGCUUCUACCCCCAAGCCAUAAGACUGCUGAACAAUUAAUCAAAAUGGCCACCCGGACUAUUUACAUUGAUCCUCUCCCCCCUUUGUUUUUACACUGCUGCUACUCGCUGUUUAUUAUCUAUGCAUAGUCACUUUACCCUUACCUACAUGUACAAAUUACCUGGACUAACCUGUACCCCCGCACAUUGACUCUGUACCGGUACCCCGUUUAUAGCCUCAUUAUUGUUAUUUUAUUGUGUUACUUAUUUUAUUUUUUACUUUUAGUUUAUUUCGUAAAUAUUUUCUGAACUCUAUUUCUUGAACUGCAUUGUUGGUUAAGGGCUUGUAAGUAAGCAUUUCACGGUAAGGUCUACACAUGUUGUAUUCGUCACGUGACAAUUUUUUUGGGUCCAAUCCGAGAUCCACAAACAUUAUUGCAGAUGGGGCAUUUGCAGUCUGUGUUGGCAGGGGCAGGCAUGGUUGUAUGUCUCAGUCUGUGUUGGCAGGGGGCAGCAUGGCUGUAUGUCUCCUGAGCUGUUUUUGCUGUUUCUUUGUGCUCCUCUCCUUCUCCCACCUCUGUACACCGCUCUGGCAGAGCUGCCGCCAGGUAGAACGGUCGGCAGCAGCGUCCUCCAGGUCUGUGGGUUUGAUGUUGCACAUCUUCAGCGCUUCAUCUGCCCCCCUGCAGACCGCCGGCUAAGGUGUAGCUGGCUAUACAGGACGUUCCACAGCAAGCGCUCCCGAGACAUUCUAAUGACGUGCCCAAGCCAGCGCAGUUGGUGUCGGGGUGACCACGGCCUCCAUACUCUUGCAGUUGGUCUUAGCAAGUAUUUCUGUAUGGGGCACACGGUCGCACCAGGUGAUUCCCAGGAUGCGCUGCAGGCAUCUUAUGUGGAUUCGCUCGAGCUGCUUGUUGUGGUGACUGUAAGUGACCCAGGCUUCACAGCCGUACAGAAGUGUGGUGAUGCAGACGGCUUGAUAGACGGCGACUUCGGUGUGGAGGCGGAGAUCCCCGUUUUGGAAGACCCCCUGCGUCCGAGUUUCCCGAAGGCAGCUGAUGCUUGCUUGAUCCUGUUUUUGAAUUUCGAGGUCGAUGCUGCAGUCCUCCGAGAGGAUGCUGCCCAGGUAUUUGAAGGACGGGACUAUUGCCAGUGAUUUUGUGUUCAAUGGUGAAGACGGGCAUGGUGGGUGGAGGGCUGGAUCUCCAUUGGCAGACCACCUCUGUCUUGGUGGUGUUGAUAGACAGCCCCAUCCUGCUAUAGAACCUCACAGCCGCUACAAGGACGGACUGAAGGUCUUCCGGAGUGUCCGACUAACCCACAAGGCAGCGGGGCAGUGGUUGAUGGCUGCCAGGGCGUGUCCACACAGAGGUGGGCCUGUACAGAUGCAUCUCUGGGGCCCACUGCUGCUCCGAGAUCCCCUGCCGGUUAGCCUGGAGUUUCAAGACAACCCGUUAACGUGUGCCGCCACGAGGAGUCUUGGUCAAGGAGAUGCUGCUCCCCAAUUCACCACAAGGGCUAGCCGGCGGCAGUGAGCUGUAAGCGAGUGUAUGCAAGCACGUGGUAAAGCGGGCAUGCACUACUGCACAAUACGGUUGCCUGCCGACACACACACACACACACACACACACACACACACACACACACACACACACUGGACACGGUACAACUCACACACACACUACUCCACCUUCUUCUAGGCCCACUGGACCUGGUACAACUCUCCAAAAGACACUGUUUUGGAGUAUUGGAGUGGACGUCAGUGGAUGUGUUCUGUGUAUACAGUAUUGGAGUGGACGUCAGUGGAUGUGUUCUGUGUAUACAGUAUUGGAGUGGACGUCAGUGGAUGUGUUCUGUGUAUACAGUAUUGGAGUGGAUGUGUUCUGUGUAUACAGUAUUGGAGUGGACGUCAGUGGAUGUGUUCUGUGUAUACAGUAUUGGAGUGGACAUCAGUGGAUGUGUUCUGUGUAUACAGUAUUGGAGUGGACAUCAGUGGAUGUUAUCUGUGUAUACAGUAUUGGAGUGGACGUCAGUGGAUGUUUGUGUGCUGUAUGUAUAAUAUGAUGAAUGAAGAGAUGCAUUAUAUCAUUCUCUAAGUAUUCUCUAUUGUCACCUGGAUAGCCUGGUUCCAGAUCUGUUUGUGCCGUCUUUCCAACUCCUAUGGUCAGCGUGUAGAAAUUGGCAAAAACAGCACAAACUGAUCUGGGACCUCGCUUACCUCGUAAAGCCAUACAGAGAGCCCUUGUAUUUUUGUAUUUCUCAGUGUAAUGUUGAUCCUUUUGACUUUCCAUUUAUUCCAAUAGGUCUGGAGAGAACAGGACCACCAUGCAUAAAUGCUACACCUUUCUGAUCUUCAUGGUCUUACUUCUGCCCUCUCUAGGACUCAGCAGGUACUGCAUGUCUUCAUUAAUAAUAAUAAUAAUAAUAAUAAUAAUAAUAAUAAUAAUAUAUAGCAUAUAUUUUACUUACGGGUGGUCCCGGGAAUCGAACCCACUAUCCUGGCGUUGCAAGCGCCAUGCUACAGAGGACCACUUGCUUACUUAUUCAGCCAGUCAACUCUUCUACCUACCUAUAUGUUCAUUCACUACAUAGCUAGUAGUCAACAUUUUGGGCCAGUUUCCCGAACACAGACACUGGCCUAGCCCUGGACUAAAAUGUACUGAAUCCAAUAAGAAGCCUUGCGCAAGCCAGAACGGCCCAUAGGGCAGGAGCCUAUGUCCUGUUUCUGUAGUGAGACAGCUUGAUGUACAGUACACCCCCUGGACAGGACACUAGUCUAUCUCCUGUUUCUGUAGUGAGACAGCUUGAUGUACAGUACACCCCCUGGACAGGACACUAGUCUAUCUCCUGUUUCUGUAGUGAGACACCUUGAUGUACAGUACACCCCCUGGACAGGACACUAGUCUAUCUCCUGUUUCGUAGUGAGACAGCUUGAUGUACAGGACACCCCCUGGACAGGACACUAGUCUAUCUCCUGUUUCUGUAGUGAGACAGCUUGAUGUACCAGUACACCCCUGGACAGGACACUAGUCUAUCUCUGUUUCUGUAGUGAGACAGCUUGAUGUACCAGUACACCCCCUGGACAGGACACUAGUCUAUCUCCUGUUUCUGUAGUGAGACAGCUUGAUGUACAGUACACCCCCUGGACAGGACACUAGUCUAUCUCCUGUUUCUGUUGUGAGACAGCUUGAUGUACAGGACACCCCCUGGACAGGACACUAGUCUAUCUCCUGUUUCUGUAGUGAGACAGCUUGAUGUACAGGACACCCCCUGGACAGGACACUAGUCUAUCUCCUGUUUCUGUAGUGAGACAGCUUGAUGUACCAGUACACCCCCUGGACAGGACACUAGUCUAUCUCCUGUUUCUGUAGUGAGACAGCUUGAUGUACAGGACACCCCCUGGACAGGACACUAGUCUAUCUCCUGUUUCUGUAGUGAGACAGCUUGAUGUACAGGACACCCCCUGGACAGGACACUAGUCUAUCUCCUGUUUAUGUAGUGAGACAGCUUGAUGUACAGGACACCCCCUGGACAGGACACUAGUCUAUCUCCUGUUUCUGUAGUGAGACAGCUUGAUGUACAGGACACCCCCUGGACAGGACACUAGUCUACCUCCUGUUUCUGUAGUGAGACAGCUUGAUGUACAGGACACCCCCUGGACAGGACACUAGUCUAUCUCCUGUUUCUGUAGUGAGACAGCUUGAUGUACAGGACACCCCCUGGACAGGACACUGUAGGUUCCCUGUAGCUCAGUUGGUAGAGCAUGGCGCUUGCAACGCCAGGGUUGUGGGUUCGUUUCCCACGGGGGGCCAGUAUGAAAAAUGUAUGCACUCACUAACUGUAAGUCGCUCUGGAUAAGAGCGUCUGCUAAAUGACUAAAAUGUAAAUGUAAAAUGACACUAGUCUAUCUCCUGUUUCUGUAGUGAGACAGCUUGAUGUACAGUACACACCCUGGACAGGACACUAGUCUAUCACAGGGCCUUACCCCCAAUCCAUCUCCUUAAUGCUGAGUGCCAAGCAGAGACGCUUCAUGUCCCAUUAUUUGAAUGUUUGUAAUCUGUCCCCUUUAUGACCCCAUGGAGUCUCGUAUACGAUCAUCAUCCUCCAUCUCCUCUAUCGCUCUAAGAACUCAACUGUUUCCUUUUUUUUUAAUUCCAGUCUGGACGUUUUCUUCCGAUGGCUGUUUGACAGGCGCUUCCUGGCCGAUGCUGCUGUGCGGUUUGAGUAAGUAGCGGUUCCUGGUUCCUCUCUAGGUUUCGUCCUAGUUUCCUGCCAUCUAGGGAGCUUUGAACCUUUUACCUUCGUGCACUGUGGUCUCUGCUGGCCAUGUUCUGGCUCAUAAAGUUGUUAGUCUUAUUUUAGUGGUGCUUGUAACAGUUAUCUAUCUUCCAAUGAUCUAUAAUCAGAACAGCUUUCCAUAUUCUCUGAUGUGGCCGUUAUGGAACUAGCUGUUCUUUUUGUUUUAAUAUAGUAUUUUAGGAAGAGCUGAACCCCUAGCAAACCUAGCCAAUACCCCUCUAGUCCAGGGGUAUUCAAAUCUUACCCCACAAGGUCCGGAAUGCUGACCAUUUAAUUGCACCACUUGGUGUCCCAAGUCUAAAUCAGUCCUGAUUAGAUGGGGAUGAAUGGGGGAAAAAAAGCAGUGAAACUGGCUUCAAGGAUCUAAGUUUGAGGGGGUUGGAGUCUGGUAGAGGGAGGGGGGUUGGAGUCUGGUAGAGGGAGGGGGUUGGAGUGUGGGAAGAGGGGUUGAGUCUGGCAAAGGAGGGCUUGGACCUCUGUAGGGGAUUAAUCUUAGAGAGGGGUGGAGUCUGGUAGAGGGAGGGUUGGAGUCUGGUAGAGGGAGUGGGGUUAGUCUGGUAGAGGGAGGGGGUUGGAGUCUGGUAGAGGGAGGGGUUAGAGUCUGGUAGAGGAGGGGGUUAGUCUGGUAGAGGGAGGGGGUUGGAGUCUGGUAGAGGGAGGGGUUUGAGUCUGGUAGAGGGAGGGGGUUAGUCUGGUAAGGGAGGGGGUUGGAGUCUGGUAGAGGGAGGGGGUUGGAGUCUGGUAGAGGGAGGGGGUUAGAGUCUGGUAGAGGAGGGGGUUGGAGUCUGGUAGAGGGAGGGGGUUGGAGUCUGGUAGAGGGAGGGGGUUAGUCUGGUAGAGGGAGGGGUUGGAAGUCUGGUAGAGGGAGGGGGUUGGAGUCUGGUGAGGGGGGGGUUGGAGUCUGGUAGAGGGAGGGGGUUGGAGUCUGGUAGAGGGAGGGGGUUGGAGUCUGGUAGAGGGAGGGGGUUGGAGUCUGGUAGAGGAGGGGGUUGGAGUCUGGUAGAGGGAGGGGGUUGGAGUCUGGUAGAGGGAGGGGGUUGGAGUCUGGUAGAGGGAGGGGGUUGGAGUCUGGUAGAGGGAGGGGGUUGGAGUCUGGUAGAGGGAGGGGGUUUGGAGUCUGGUAGAGGGAGGGGGUUGGAGUCUGGUAGAGGGAGGGGGUUGGAGUCUGGUAGAGGGAGGGGGUUGGAGUCUGGUAGAGGGGGGGGUUGGAGUCUGGUAAGGGAGGGGGUUGGAGUCUGGUAGAGAGAGGGGUUGGAGUCUGGUAGAGGGAGGGGGUUAGAGUCUGGUAGAGGGAGGGGGUUGAGUUCUGGUAGAGGGAGGGGGUUGGAGUCUGGUAAGGGAGGGGGUUGGAGUUCUGGUAGAGGGAGGGGGUUGGAGUCUGGUAGAGGGAGGGGUUGAGUCUGGUAAGGGAGGGGGUUAGUCUGGUAGAGGAGGGGGUUGGAGUCUGGUAGAGGGAGGGGGUUGGAGUCUGGUAGAGGGAGGGGGGUUGGAGUCUGGUAGAGGGAGGGGGUUGGAGUCUGGUAGAGGGAGGGGGUUGGAGUCUGGUAGAGGGAGGGGGUUGGAGUCUGGUAGAGGGAGGGGGUUGGAGUCUGGUAGAGGGAGGGGGUUGGAGUCUGGUAGAGGGAGGGGGGUUGGAGUCUGGUAGAGGGAGGGGGUUGGAGUCUGGUAGAGGGAGGGGGUUGGAGUCUGGUAGAGGGAGGGGGUUGGAGUCUGGUAGAGGGAGGGGGUUGAGUCUGGUAGAGGGAGGGGGUUGGAGUCUGGUAGAGGGAGGGGGUUGGAGUCUGGUAGAGGGAGGGGGUUGGAGUCUGGUAGAGGGAGGGGGUUGGAGUCUGGUAGAGGGAGGGGGUUGGAGUCUGGUAGAGGGAGGGGGGUUGGAGUCUGGUAGAGGGAGGGGGUUGGAGUCUGGUAGAGGGAGGGGGUUGGAGUCUGGUAGAGGGAGGGGGGUUGGAGUCUGGUAGAGGGAGGGUGGAGUUGGUAGAGGGAGGGGGUUGGAGUCUGGUAGAGGGAGGGGGUUAGAGUCUGGUUAACUAUGGCUACAACACACCUGGCCAGCAGGGUUACAAUGAGUUACCACAACUAUUCAAAUAAUAAUUGUCUCAGAUCCACACAAGUGCCUAGGGUCUGAGAUUCAGUGAGUAAUUUUCUUGUUGUGAUGUAUUUCUUAUCUUAGCCUUGUUUGUCAGGUAACAAUGAUCUCCUCUGGCACCAUCAGAACAGCUUCCAUAUUCUCUCAUCAUAUUGUGUCCUUAUGGAUCUGCCUGUUGUUUGGGUUUGGUUUGGUCCUUCAGGAGGGAGUUAGUCUCUAAUAACCCCUUUCACAAUAUUGUGCCGACCCGACCCGAACCGUACCGGGCGUCGUUUCUGAUGAUCAUGUCAAUAGAACAGAACAUAUCCAAUCCAGCAUAGUAUGGUUCUGGUUGGCACCACAGUGUGAAAAAAAGGUAUGUUAUUGUUGUGAUGAUGUCAUUUCCUGUCUCCCCCCCCAGGUGUGUGUUCCUGCCGGACAACGGGGCGUUCUUUGUGAACUAUGUCAUCGCGUCGGCGUUCAUCGGUAACGCCAUGGAUCUGCUGAGGAUCCCUGGUCUGCUCAUGUACAUGACCCGGCUGUGUCUGGCCCGCUCUGCUGCCGAGAGACGCAACGUCAAGAGGGUGAGUGUAGCGGAGCGCCACCUGGUGGUCAGGAAGACGUCGUCACGCGAUCUCAUAAUAAACUCACAACUAAGAUGCACGUAGUUAUAUCAAAGUGACAAGAUAGUCUACUGACCGCUACAACAACUAGAAUACAUGUCGUCAAAAGCGGAAGGCAGGGGGAGGAGGCGGGAUUACACAGAAUAAUUCUAGCCAAUGAAAGGCAGAUACGCAUGUGAACAACAGACACAACUCUGAAAUACAAUUAGUUUUUUUUUUCAAAGUUGCCAGAGUGCCACUUAUAUCAGGACAUUUUGUUGAACUGAGGCUUCCCUAAGGACAUAUGAUAACAUCCUCCUGUUAUUCUCUGCAUCCCCAAGCGUACUUUCUAUGCUCUGCAGCACCAAACGAAAUGAGUUCAUUCUAAUAUUCUAUUUCUAUGCUCUGCAGCACCAGGCCUAUGAGUUCCAGUUCUAUAACUCUAUUUCUAUGCUCUGCAGCACCAGGCCUAUGAGUUCCAGUUCUAUAACUCUAUUUCUAUGCUCUGCAGCACCAGGCCUAUGAGUUCCAGUUCUAUAACUCUAUUUCUAUGCUCUGCAGCACCAGGCCUAUGAGUUCCCAGUUCUAUAACUCUAUUUCUAUGCUCUGCAGCACCAGGCCUAUGAGUUCCAGUUCUAUAACUCUAUUUCUAUGCUCUGCAGCACCAGGCCUAUGAGUUCCAGUUCUAUAACUCUAUUUCUAUGCUCUGCAGCACCAGGCCUAUGAGUUCCAGUUCUAUAACUCUAUUUCUAUGCUCUGCAGCACCAGGCCUAUGAGUUCCAGUUCUAUAACUCUAUUUCUAUGCUCUGCAGCACCAGGCCUAUGAGUUCCAGUUCUAUAACUCUAUUUCUAUGCUCUGCAGCACCAGGCCUAUGAGUUCCAGUUCUAUAACUCUAUUUCUAUGAUCUGCAGCACCAGGCCUAUGAGUUCCAGUUCUAUAACUCUAUUUCUAUGCUCUGCAGCACCAGGCCUAUGAGUUCCAGUUCUAUAACUCUAUUUCUAUGCUCUGCAGCACCAGGCCUAUGAGUUCCAGUUCUAUAACUCUAUUUCUAUGCUCUGCAGCACCAGGCCUAUGAGUUCCAGUUCUAUAACUCUAUUUCUAUGCUCUGCAGCACCAGGCCUAUGAGUUCCAGUUCUAUAACUCUAUUUCUAUCGCUCUGCAGCACCAGGCCUAUGAGUUCCAGUUCUAUAACUAUAUUUCUAUGCAUCUGCAGCAACAGGCUAUGAGUUCCAGUUCUAUAACUCUAUAUUCUAUGCUCUGCAGCACCAGGCUAUGAGUUCCAGUUCUAUAACUCUAAUUUCUGAUGCUCUGCAGCACCAUGGCCACCCUGCUGAGUUCCCAGUUCUAUAACUCUAGUUUCUAUGCUCUGCAUCACCAGGCCUAUGAGUUUUCCAGUUUCUAUAACUCUAUUUUCUAUGCUCUCCGGUCACCAGCCUAUGAGUUCCAGUUCUAUAACUCUAUUUCUAUCUUCUACAGCACCAGGCCUAUGAGUUCCCAAGUUCUAUACUCUAUUUCUUAUGCUCUGCAGCACCAGGGCCUAUGGAGUUCCAGUUCUAUAACUCUGAUUUCUAUGCUCUGCAGCACCCAGGGCCUAUGAGUUCCAGUUCUAGAAUACUCUAUUUCUUUCUAUGCUCUGCAGCACCAGGCCUAUGAGUUCCAGUUCUAUAACUCUAUUUCUAUGCUCUGCAGCACCAGGCCUUUGAGUUCCAGUUCUAUAAACUCUAUUUCUAUGCUCUGCAGCACCAGGCCUAUGAGUUCCAGUUCUAUAACUCUAUUUCUAUGCUCUGCAGCACCAGGCCUAUGAGUUCCAGUUCUAUAACUCUAUUUCUAUGCUCUGCAGCACCAGGCCUAUGAGUUCCAGUUCUAUAACUCUAUUUCUAUGCUCUGCAGCACCAGGCCUAUGAGUUCCAGUUCUAUAACUCUAUUUCUAUGCUCUGCAACACCAGGCCUAUGAGUUCCAGUUCUAUAACCCUAUUUAUAUGCUCUGCAGCACCAGGCCUAUGAGUUCCAGUUCUAUAACUCUAUUUCUAUGCUCUGCAGCACCAGGCCUAUGAGUUCCAGUUCUAUAACUCUAUUUAUAUGCUCUGCAGCACCAGGCCUAUGAGUUCCAGUUCUAUAACUCUAUUUCUACGCUCUGCAGCACCAGGCCUAUGAAUUCCAGUUCUAUAACUCGAUUUCUAUGCUCUGCAGCACCAGGCCUAUGAGUUCCAGUUCUAUAACUCUAUUUCUAUGCUCUGCAGCACCAGGCCUAUGAGUUCCAGUUCUAUAACUCUAUUUCUAUGCUCUGCAGCACCAGGCCUAUGAGUUCCAGUUCUAUAACUCUAUUUCUAUGCUCUGCAGCACCAGGCCUAUGAGUUCCAGUUCUAUAACUCUAUUUCUAUGCUCUGCAGCACCAGGCCUAUGAGUUCCAGUUAUAUAACCCUAUUUCUAUGCUCUGCAGCACCAGGCCUAUGAGUUCCAGUUCUAUAACUCUAUUUCUAUGCUCUGCAGCACCAGGCCUAUGAGUUCCAGUUCUAUAACUCUAUUUCUAUGCUCUGCAGCACCAGGCCUAUGAGUUCCAGUUCGGGGCAGCCUACGCCUGGAUGAUGUGUGUCUUCACUGUGGUCAUGACCUACAGCAUCACCUGUCCAAUCAUUGUCCCCUUCGGUGAGCUGAGCUCCACUGUUACUAACUGGCUUUAUGAGGUGACGCAUUGUCCUGGCUUUCCCAAAGCUUUCCUAGCUAAAGUAAUAUGUUAUUUUUCGCCGUAACCUAACUCAGGGAUGCAAACUCGCCACUUUUUUGUUUUGGGUGUCUUGCGAAAAGUAUGCAGAUUUUGAGUGCUUCAUCCAAUAUCACGUGACAGACGCAUCCUCUAACCAGCCAUUAGCCUACUCAGCUGCUUCUCGCCGUCUGUUCUUUCUGCGCAUCUCCAUCAGUUUUAACAUGUUAUUUAGCCAUGACUAGGAUUCUCUGUCACUCAGCCUCUGAGUACCACUGCCACAGAGAACAAACAGAGCACAGUGACAGGCAGGCUCCUUUACAGCUAUGAGAGAAUAAUGAUAAAGUCAAUAUCUGACAGUCAAUAUUCCAUGCAUGAAUAGAGGACGCCUGUAGGGAGAGGACCCCCGUAGGGAGAGGACGCCUGUACAGGGAGGACGCCUGUAGGGAGAGUACGCCUUGGGACCUGUAGAUUUGUCGCCGUAGGGAGACCCUGACUAGGGAGAACCCCUGUAGUGGAGGGCGUAGGGAGAAGAACUGAGAGAGGACUUCAUCCUUCACGGGAGACGAUCCUUAGGGACAGACCCUGUAGGUAAGCCCACUGUAGGGAUGAGCCCCGUCGGGAGGACCUUGAGAGGACUCCAUGUAGCGGUAGGACCCAUGUAGUGAGAUGUAGCCUGACUAGGUUCUGAGUACCCAUGAUAGGAGAGGACCGUAAGAGAGCACAGUGUAGGGCAGGACGCUCUUUAAGCAUGAGAGAUAAGGGAUAGACCAUAUCGGGAGCAGGCAAUCCUGAUGAGGAGAGGACGCCUGUAGGGAGAGGACCCUGUAGGGAGAGGACCUGUAGGGGAGGACCCUGUAGGGAGGGACCUGAGGGAGGCUAGGGAAGCCUGUAGGGAGAGGACGCCUGUAGGGAGAGGACCUGUAGGGAGAGGACGCCUGUAGAGAGGACGGAGAGGGCCUGAGGGAGAGGGAGACGCCUGUAGGGAGAGGACGCCCGUAGGGAGAGGACGCCUGUAGGGAGAGGACGCCCGUAGGGAGAGGACCCUGUAGGGAGAGGACCCCUGUAGAGGGAGGACCCCUGUAGAGGGAGGACGCCUGUAGGGAGAGGACGCCUGUAGGGAGAGGACGCCUGUAGGGAGAGGACCCCUGUAGGGAGAGGAACCCUGUAGGGAGAGGACCCCUGUAGGGAGAGGACCCCUGUAGGGAGAGGACCCUGUAGGGAGAGGAGCACCUGUAGGGAGAGGACACCUGUAGGAGAGGACGCCUGUAGGGAGAGGACCUGUAGAGGGAGGACCCCUGUAGAGGGAGGACGCCUGUAGGGAGAGGCCCCUGUAGGGAGAGGACACCUGUAGGGAGAGGACGCCUGUAGGGAGAGGACGCCUGUAGGGAGAGGACCCUGUAGGGAGAGGACGCCUGUAGGGAGAGGACGCCUGUAGGGAGAGGACGCCUGUAGGGAGAGGACCUGUAGGGAGAGGACCCCGUAGGGAGAGGAAGCCUGUAGAGGGAGGACGCCUGUAGGGAGAGGACCCAUCACUCACUCACUCUCUCGCUCUCUCUCUCGCUCUCCCCCCCAGGUCUUAUGUACAUGCUGUUGAAGCACCUGGCAGACCGCUACAACAUGUACUAUGCCUACCUUCCCUCCAAGCUGGACAAGAAGAUCCACUCUGGGGCCGUCAACCAGGUGGUGGCAGCACCCAUCCUCUGUCUCUUCUGGCUCCUGUUCUUCUCCACUGUCCGCACAGGUACGAGGUCACCAUCUAGCGGCCAUUCUGGGUCAUAACAGACUGUCUCUUUUUAAAAAGGGUGUGUCACAAAUGGGACAUGUAGUGCACUGCUUUUGACUAGGGUCCAUAGGGAACGCAUCUUACUGACCAUGUUGAUCCUCUCUCUCUCUCUCUCUCUCUUUCUCUCUCUCUCUUUCCUUCUCUCUCUCUCUCUUCUUUCUCUGUCUCUCUCUCUCUCUGUCUCUCUGUUCUCUCUCUCUCCUCUCUCUCUUUCUCUCCUCUUCUCUCUUUCUCUUUCUCUCUUUCUCUCUUCUUCUCUUUCUCUCUCUCUCUCCUUAUCUCUCCUCUCUCCUCUCAGCGUUUUCUCCGCCCCUUAACCUCUAUGUUUACCUUCAUUGUUCUGGUCAUCACCAUCAUCGUCUGCUUGUCCCAUGUCUGCUUCGGACACUUCAAAUAUCUCAGCGCUCACAACUACAAGUAAAAAAAAACACCAGCAAGAGAGACUCUUCUUAUUUAUAAUGUUGAAGUGUUUUAUAUUUGAUUUAUUUAACCAGGAAAGUAAUUGAGAACACAUUAUCUUGCACAAUUACGAUCCUGUAUGCAGUAUGAGACAUUACAUUUACAUUUACAUUUUAGUCAUUUAGCAGACGCUCUUAUCCAGAGCGACUUACAGUUAGUGAGUGCAUACAUAAUUUUUAUUUUUUCAUACUGCCCCCCCCCCCAUGGGAAUCAAAGCCACAACCCUGGCGUUGCAAACGCCAUGCUCUACCAACUGAGCUACAUCCCUUGCAUGUCAUGCAUUUAUAGACACGUGUAUGUUACUACAAUCUUAAAAUAAAUCUAUGUGCUAGAGCAGUAAAUCUCAUGGGGGGGGAAACUUAGGGGUGUGAACAUUUUUAAACGUUAAAACAAAGUUGGGAUCGUUAACGUCGAGGAAAAAUCCUUCACUGAUAAACAAUGUUUUUCCCCACAUAAUUAAAAUGACAGUGCAGUUAUCACAAAACAUAUAUUAUUUUCCCUUGUUGGAGCCUAACUAGAUAAUGGGCUGUAAAUGCCUGGGGGAAGUUGGGUAAUUCCAGAGAGGAAGAGGUGAACUUUAGGCUGCUGGGGGUGAAUUUGAGAGGCAUGCAAGACAACGAACGAUGACUAAGACCAAUGCGCACGUUUCUGCCUGCCCCCCUCCUCUCUCUCUCCCUCACACUGGCCUGCUCUUUCUCUCCGCUAAUGAUGCGAGUGUGUGGGGUUCAGUCUUCGGUCUGUUGCCUGUAGAAUAUCCUAGCUAACAUAUAUGGAAUUGUUUUAAGAUGGUCAUAACAUGGAUCAUUUUAAAUAUUUGAUUUUAGAAUUGUAGGACCCCUUUAGGCAUUUUGAUAAAAAUAUUGAAUUUGGACAGUAAAAAAAUGAAUCUUAAGGAAUAAGGUUUUGAAGUGUCUGUCUCUAGGAGAUAUAAGAGAUCUGGAUUAUUACAUUUUUUUGGGACACAUGUUUAGCCCCUUUGUUGCCACAAAACUACCUCCAUACUUCCAUUUGUUUGUACCGGUUACCUUCAGACGAGUCCCGUGACACUUGUGGGAUGCGUAGAGCAAAACGGAGAACAACGUCGUGUUUGUGAGAGUCUCCCCUUUCCAAUGUUGGGGUCGAUUAGUAUGUAUCCCAACCGUUCGGACGCUACAGACGUUUUUGUGAGAAGACCGUUUUUUUUUGGGACGUCUCAUGGUCUGACAAACACAGCUUUAGCUCUGCCACCUUUCACCGCCGAUGCGGAAGUCUGACAUAUCUCUACCUUAAACUGACGGAUUUUUGAUGGGGAUUCUUUUAUUUUGUUACUUAGAUUGACGCACCAAUACAUUUAGUAGAAAUAAAACACAUCUAGCUAUCGUACCAUUAAAAAACGGUAUUAAAAACAACACAGCAACACAUCAAUCAGGGAUGUUAAUUGUUGUCAGGGAAACAAUAGAACAUUAUACACUAUAUGACAAAAGUACGUGCACGUCGAACAUCUCAUUCCAAAAUCAUGGGCAUUAAUAUGGAGUUGGUCCCCCCUUUGCUGCUAUAACAGCCUCCACUCUUUUGGGAAGGCUUUCCACUAGAUGUUGGAACAUUGCUGUGGGGACUUGCUUCCAUUCAGCCACAAGAGCAUUAGUGAGGUCCUGCACUGAUGUUUGGCAACUAGGCUUGGUUUCGCAGUCGACGUUCUGAUUGAGGUCAGAGCUCUGUGCAGGCCAGUCAAGUUCUUCCACACUGAUCUCAACAAACCAUUUCUGUAUGGACCUCGCUUUGUGCACGGGGGCAUUGUCAUGCUGAAACAGGAAUGGGCCUUCUCCAAACUGUUGCCACAAAGAGGGAAGCACCGAAUCGUCUAGAAUGUCAUUGUAUGCUGUAGCGUUAAGAUUUCCCUUCACUGGAACUAAGGGGCCUAGCGCGAACCAUGAAAAACAGCCCCAGACCAUUAUUCCUCCUCCACCAAACUUUACAGUUGGCACUAUGCAUUGGGGCAGGUAGCGUUCUCCUGGCAUCCGCCAAACCCAGAUUAGUCCGCCGGACUGCCAGAUGGUGAAGUGUGAUUCAUCACUCCAGAGAACGUGUUUCCACUGCUCCAGAGUCCAAUGGUGGCGAGCUUUACACCACUCCAGCCAACGCUUGGCAUUGCGCAUGGUGAUCUUAGGCUUGUGUGCAGCUGCUUGGCCAUGGAAACCCAUUUCAUGAAGCUCCCAACGAACAGUUCUUGUGCUGACGUUGCUUCCAGAGGCAGUUUGGAACUUGGUAGUGAGUGUUGCAACCGAGGACAGACGAUUUUUACGAGCUAUGCACUUCAGCACUCGGCGGUCCCGUUCUGUGAGCUUGUGUGGCCUACCACUUUGCAGCUGAGCCGUUGUUGCUCCUAGACGUUUCCACUUCACAAUAACAGCACUUACAGUUGACCAGGGCAGCUCUAGCAGGGCAGAAAUUUGACGAACUGACUUGUUGGAAAGGUGGCAUCCUAGGACGGUGCCACGUUGAAAGUCACUGAGCUCUUCAGUAAGGCCAUUCUACAGCCAAUGUUUCCCUAUGGAGUUUGCAUGGCUGUGUGCUCGAUUUUAUACACCUGUCAGUAACGGGUGUGGCUGAAAUUGCCGAAUACACUAAUUUGAAGGGUUGUCACACAUACUUUUGUAUAUAUAGUGUAUGCCAGAGCCGAGUUCUACUCUCUGAAAAGGUACAGACUCGUCUGAUGCAGCACUUUUUUAUUAUUUUUUGAAAAGUUAUAAAUAAUCGCUAUCGACUUGUUACUGUAGCUAUGUUCUAUGUCUGUAAAAGGUUGCGCUAGAUAGAACCUAGUAGCCAUUAUAGUCAUGUAUUAUAUAAUAUUAAUUAUUCUACAUUUUGUGAAUUGCAAGUGAAAUUAUUUAUGAUUUUUUUUCUUAUAGUUUUAACGGAAAACCGAUAAUUUAUUUUUUGCCGUUUUAAACGUUAAGCAAAAUUGUCCAUUUGUCAGAUCCCUAUUAAAGGCCUUCUGAUAUAGUUUAAGUCAUCACUGUGAAUGUUCUGCAGUGGCAUUAUAUACAGUGGGGGAAAAAAGUAUUUAGUCAGCCACCAAUUGUGCAAGUUCUCCCACUUAAAAAGAUGAGAGAGGCCUGUAAUUUUCAUCAUAGGUACACGUCAACUAUGACAGACAAAUUGAGAAUUUUUUUUCCAGAAAAUCACAUUGUAGGAUUUUUUAUGAAUUUAUUUGCAAAAACUUUUUGGUAAAAACUCAACUCGUCGUGUUUGGAGGACAAAGAAUGCUGAGUUGCAUCCAAAGAACACCAUACCUACUGUGAAGCAUGGGGGUGGAAACAUCAUGAUUUGGGGCUGUUUUUCUGCAAAGGGACCAGGACGACUGAUCCGUGUAAAGGAAAGAAUGAAUGGGGCCAUGUAUCGUGAGAUUUUGAGUGAAAACCUCCUUCCAGCAGCAAGGGCAUUGAAGAUGAAACGUGGCUGGGUCUUUCAGCAUGACAAUGAUCCCAAAAACACCGCCCGGGAAACGAAGGAGUGGCUUCGUAAGAAGCAUUUCAAGGUCCUGGAGUGGCCUAGCCAGUCUCCAGAUCUCAACCCCAUAGAAAAUCUUUGGAGGGAGUUGAAAGUCCGUGUUGCCCAGCGACAGCCCCAAAACAUCACUGCUCUAGAGGAGAUCUGCAUGGAGGAAUGGGCCAAAAUACCAGCAACAGUGUGUGAAAACCUUGUGAAGACUUACAGAAAACGUUUGACCUGUGUCAUUGCCAACAAAGGGUAUAUAACAAAGUAUUGAGAAACUUUUGUUAUUGACCAAAUACUUAUUUUCCACCAUAAUUUACAAAUAAAUACAUAAAAAAUCCUACAAUGUGAUUUUCUGGAUUUUUUUUCCUCAUUUUGUCUGUCAUAGUUGACGUGUACCUAUGAUGGAAAUUACAGGCCUCUCUCAUCUUUUUAAGUGGGAGAACUUGCACAAUUGGUGGCUGACUAAAUACUUUUUUCCCCCACUGUGUAUAUAUAUAUAUAUCAGCUCUGGAAAAAAUUAAGAGACCAUUGCAAAUGUUUCUUAAAUCAGCAUCUCUACAUGUAUGACAGCCAUUCCAUUCCAGUGUCUGUUGAAUUCCAACACAGGCACACCUCAUUCUACUGAAUUAGGUACUGAUUAGGUGAUCACAUGAACCAAAUCUUAUUUAACGAGAAAAAGUAUAAAAACCACUGCUGUGGUCAUCACGAUCCUCUUGCAAUAGGACCAGCUGGAUGGCAAAAACCGUGCUAAUAGUACCUUAAAAGUAAAAUUAAUCCAAAAAUAACUAUUGACCAUGCCAAAAAAGUUGAAAAAUAAACUUUUGAGUGAGGAAAAGAAGGGUUCAAUUCUGGCUUUACUGGCAGAGGGAUACAGUGAGCGUCAGGUUGCUUCCAUCCUUAAAAUUUCAAAGACGGCGGUUCAUAAGAACAAGGUCAAGCAGCAGACAUUGGGGACAACAAAGCUACAGACCGGCAGAGUCCGAUGAUGCUGUGACACACCGCCUCAGACCAUGACGGACCCUCCACCUCCAAAUCGAUCCCGCUCCAGAGUACAGGCCUCGGUGUAACGCUCAUUCCUUCGACGAUAAACAUGAAUCCGACCAUCACCCCUGCUGAGACAAAACCGCGACUCGUUAGUGAAGAGCACUUUUUGCCAGUCCUGUCUGGUCCAGCGACGGUGGGUUUGUGCCCACAGGUGACGUUGUUGCCGGUGAUGUCUGUCUGGUGAGGACCUGCCUUACAACAGGCCUACAAGCCCUCAGUCCAGCCUCUCUCAGCCUACUGCGGACAGUCUGAGCACUGAUGGAGGGAUUGUACAUUCCUGGUGUAACUCAGGCAGUUGUUGUUGCCAUCCUGUACCUGUCCCACAGGUGUGAUGUUCGGAUGUACCGAUCCUGUGCAGGUGUUGUUACACAGGGUCUGCCACUGCGAGGAUGAUCAGCUGUCCGUCCUGUCUCCCUGUAGCGCUGUCUUAGACGUCUCACAGUACGGACAUUGCAAUUUAUUGCCCUGGCCACAUCUGCAGUCCUCAGGCCUCCUUGCAGCAUGCCUAAGGCACGUUCACGCAGAUGAGCAGGGACCCUGGGCAUCUUUCUUUUGGUGUUUUUCAGAGUCAGUAGAAGGGCCUCUUUAGUGUCCUAAGUUUUCAUAACUGUGACCUUAAUUGCCUACCGUCUGUAAGCUGUUAGUGUCUUAACGACCGUUCCACAGGUGCAUGUUCAUUAAUUGUUUAUGGUUCAUUGAACAAGCAUGGGAAACAGUGUUUAAACCCUUUACAAUGAAGAUCUGUGAAGUUAUUUGGAUUUUUACAAAAUAUAUUUGAAAGACAGGGUCCUGAAAAAGGGACGUUUCUUUUUUUGCUGAGUUUCUAUAUAUAUAUAUAUAUAUAAUUGUAUUAUAAUAUUUUCUCCCCAGAUUGACGUUGAAAAUGUGGAUGGUGUGGAGAACGGUCGUCCAGCACGCACCUCUCCCUCCAAUAAGUCAGCAGUAAGUACCAUUCACUCAGCCUAGACUAGACCACCUCUCCCUCCAUAUCACACACUGACCUGUUUUCUCCUCCAUUUGUCCCCUCCCCCUCUCCUUCCACUCCCCCUCUCUUCCUCUUUCUCUACAACAGCAGAUGUACAUUGCCUCCGUCCUCCAGGACCCCAUCUUAGACGAGCUGGGUUCAGCUGGCAGCGGGGUUAGUGAGGGCUCGCAGGAUGAGGAGAUCAUCCAAGUGGGGAACAGCCUCAACGAGGCCGACUUCCAGGUAGCCUGCCCUUGAGAAAAGGCACUUCAAUUCUUGCAAUUGCUCCGGGGGGUGCUGCACUGCAGCUUACCUUCCAACCCCUGGGUGUGUGUGUGUGUGUGUGUGUGUGUGUGUGUGUGUGUCCUUGUGGCGUUUCUCUUGACAAUAAAUCCCCGUCUCCUUCCAGAGCGGCGAGGACAGUCUCCUCGCUAACGAGGUGCGGCACUGACGUCAGGGGACGCCGGAGACGGUCGUCAGGACGGAGACGGAGGACGGGGAGAGAGAAGCAGAGGCAGAGACUGUGAUGGCAGAAACU